GGUGUCCCGAUUGGUUUAUUAUUUUCGAUGAAGUAAGCGAUAAUUUGUUUACAUCGGCAACAACAGAAGUACAGAAUGGCUGUAGUCGUAGAUCUCACGAAACAAAACGAAACUACGACGUUCUAUGGCUCAUCUGAAGAAGACGUUAGCUAUGCGAAUAAUUUCUGGCAAUCUAUUCAACUUCAUCCGCCCAUGGAGUCGAGACUCGUGUCCAGUGACAUCAAACAACGAUUAAAAGUUGCUCCACCAAGUUCACAAGCACGACAUGUGUCCCAGUCAAGGCAAGAAGAGCAACCAGGUUUUAGAGAAUUCAUAUCUAAAGCGAGAACAAUGGAACAUUUAGAAGAAUAUGCAAGACUUCAGCAGUUUGCAGAGGCAAAGGCAGAAGACAAAAAAUUAUUAGAAAAACACAGAGAAACUAGGAAGAAGAAAGAGGAGGUAUCCAGGAACAAAGGAAUCAAACAAGUGGAAAAGCUUGAGGACAAAUUGCCGAGAGAGGAUUAUGAAGUGGAAGAAGAAAACGAAGUGGAUGCGUUGAAACAGUUGGAUGAUUUUGAGAAUGAACGAUUUGAGAAUCUUGAUGAUUCUGAUUCAAAUUGAUCUAGACUGUGCACUUUGGUUGAUUAUGUUAUGAUAUUUUUGUGGGUUUUUUUUGUUGGCAACAUAUGAUUAUUAACAUGCAUGCAAAAAGCUUUUCAUCCACAUUGUAUAUACAUUUAGCUGUAAAAUAUUUAAAACGAUAUUGAACAAGCAGCAAUAUGAGGGAAAUAUUUAUUAAGUUGUGUCAUACAACUCAUGUAGAAUGCCUAAUAUGUACAACACAUUUUAAAUUGUUUGCUUAUUUAAUCAUUUGAAAUAAGAUAAUAGGCACCUUAGUGGAUCUGCAGUAAUGAUGUAAUUGAUCGUGUCAGCAUGCAACAAAUGCAUUUUUGGAGUGAGAAAUAGUUUAUUUGGUAGAUCUGAAAUCAUAUCUGCUUCAUGUACAUAAAAACUAAUGUUACCAAGAGCAAUGAUUUUUGUUUCUUGAUUUAAGCACAAAACCUCCAAGUCUCAAGGUUAAGGGACAUAAAGAUAAUGAAUAAGGCAUUGGAGUUUGAAAAAUAAGAUCAUCUUCAAAAUGUAUAAAUUAAUUGGUUGCUUGAUUGGUUGCUUGACACAUAUGUAUUGUUUGUUUCAAUGCUCAGUAAUAAAUAUAUCUUCAAAACUAAA